GAUAAGAUUUUGUAGAGUGGCAGCUACAGGCUGUGGUAUUCAUUUGCUCAAGUGAGUCAAGAAAGUCAACUAAAUUAAGAUAUGAACAGAGAGCUCUCUGGUUUCCUUGAAGCCUUUCCUAACCAUCUUCAUUACAUACCACCCGAAUCUGAUGGUCCAUGGGCUUUUUGGAGCCAACAUGAAAAUAAUUCAUCUUCAGCUGAUCUUAUGAUUACUGGGAUUCACCAGAAGAUAAUAUCUGCAUUUUCAAAGUUUGUACUUUAUCCCGGAUUCUUAGCUCAGUUUUGGGCACCUACAACCGUAGGCGGCAGAUGGGUACUUUCAACUUCAACUGAUCAACCAUUUGCAGUCAGUCAUCUUUUCAAAGAAUUUGCCAUGUAUAGGCUACAUUCUGCCAAGUAUAAAUAUAAUAUCGAUGUGAAUAAGCUUGACACUGAACCGGACCACAUGAUCAUUCGUGGUGGACCCGCCACUGCUUUCCUGACACGUUUGCCAUAUAUAUAUCAACUCGAAUGGAUUCCUACAGAGGAUUGUUACAAUAGAUUGAAUUCAUCUAUUAUGCUUCCUAUUUGUUUCCCUUCUCAAAGUCGAAGCUCGUGUAUUGGUGUUCUUGAGUUUACUUUGGACCUUUGGUCUUAUGAUUUGGGAUUUUUGGUUUUAGAUAUGAUCAAAGCACUAAAGAAAGCUGAUGUGAAUGUGUGUAAUGCACAAAAACUUAUACCAUACAAGACAAUAAAUGGUCUCAAACCUGCUAAGGAUGAGAUUGAAGAGGCACUAAAGGUCGUUUGUGUAUCGCAUAAGUUAGCUCUAGCUCAUGUUUGGAUCGCUUAUGAGGAUAUAAAUGAUGUACUCUUUUCAUCUUCUUUGGAGGACACUCGAACAAAGCGAUUGUUAGCGCUCAAAUUGACUGGUUAUCUUUAUGCUGUAACAGAAACAGCAUCUGAUGAUUUUGACAAGUAUUAUAAUUUAUGUGACGUAAUUCCUCAGGGAACCUUCCCUACAGGGAGACUUGCUCUGAAGACACUUCAAGAUUAUGAAUCACGCUAUAUAUCUACGCUUCGUUCUGAUAGGUUAGUAGAUUGGAAAGAAGACAAUCCUCAAAGUAGUGCUUUUGCUAUAUGCUUAAGGAGUAAUGACACUGGCGAUUUAGAUUAUGCGUUUGAAUUCAUAUGGAUCGAACGUUCAUACACCGCUAUCUUGUUGGAGGCCCUACUCUUAACACUAAAAAGAUAUUUACCAAGUUUCAAGUUUGCUUCCGGUGAAGAACUUGGUGACGAAUUACAUGUUAUUAAUGUUGAGACUUCUAUCGAUAGUGAAGAAACUAAUGAAACUGAAAAGUUCAAGGUUUUUCAAGGAAAGAGAUCAUCACCACCACUUAAAGUAGUAGAAGAAGGACAAAAAUCAAUGGUUGUGGAUUACAUAGCACCUUCAGAAGUGAAAUGCAAGACAACUGAAAUCGUAUUACCUCGGGAAGACAUUGAAAAACAAUUUGGAAAAACCAUGAAAGAAGCCACAAAAAACCUUACCGUUUCUGAAUCUACAUUGAAACGCAAGUUAAAAAAACUUGGCAUCCGAGAGUGGCUAGGACCAAACUUUGUCAAGAAAUCAAAGGCAAAUGAUUCGUCCAUUAUUCAAUUCAAUCUAAAUGAAGAAGAUAAUGAAGCAAUCCAGGAGCCAUCAACCGUCAACAUAAACAAAAAUACCAUAACCAUAAAAGCAGAGUAUGCGAAUGACAUGAUCAAAUUUCGUCUACCUAACUUGCAAGCAACCUUUGUUACUAUUCAGAAAGAGAUCAGCAUGAGGUUCAAGUUAAAUCUUGGGACAUAUAAGCUCAAGUAUCGUGAUGAAGUUGGAGACUGGAUACUAUUAACAUCUGAUGAAGACAUGAGCUAUUGUAUCGAGAGUUCGAGAAAAUUAGAUUCAAAUGAAGUUCGACUGCUUGUGCUUCCAUCUAUACAACCAAUAUUGUACUAGUGGUUCCUGUCGAAUCUCUUCUUAAUGAAUGUAUUUGUUUUUUUUUAAA